AUGGGUUCCGUUCAAGACGCAGACUGUAAGCCCGUAGGGUCGUACCCGCCAUCGGGCAUCGAUGUCCUCAUCGUCGGCACCGGACUUGCAGGCCUAACAGCCUCGAUCGAAUGCGUGCGGAAAGGACACAACGUGCGCAUAAUCGAACGCCACCAAGAUAUUAAUACUGCAGGAGAUAUGUACUUUAUGGGGCACAGUGCCACCAAGUUCUUCCGGCAUUGGCCUGAGCUAUCGAGAGAGUAUGAGAUGAUAUCCAUGAAUAAUGCCUGGAUCGAGACUUUCAAACAUAGCGGGGAGCGCGUGAUCGCGCCCCUGAAGGUCUCGGAUCGACUACGACAAGCAGGUAUGGACCCGAACACGCCGCCAGGAGCCUUUCAAAUGCGACCACUCAUUUAUCGGAUGUACCUGAACGAAGUCCAGAGACAAGGAAUUAAGAUCCAAUUCGACCAGCGAGUCGUCGACUAUUAUGAGGACGAGGAACGCCAAAAAGCCGGCGUAGUAACUGACAAAGGCGUCCGGUUUGAGGCCGACGUUGUGAUUGCAGCGGAUGGUGUAGGUUCUAAAGGGCAGAAACUAGUAGGUGGGCAAGUUAAAGCGAUCAGUGCAGGGAGGGCUAUGUGGCGAGCAGCUUUCCCCAUGCACCACUUAGAUAAGAACCCCGAGCUCAAGAAGUUCUUGCAGAUGGGUGGGCAGAAUGGCGAUGAGCCAAUGGUUAGGACAUGGCUUGGUCCGGGAUCGUAUGCGAUGGUGCUAAUUCGUCGCGAGACUUGUGUGUGGAUUAUGAACCACGAUGUAUUUGGGUCCGAAGAGGAGAAUUGGAAUCAUACGGUUGGGUCAGACGAUGUCCUAAAUAACAUGGACAGAGGGCUAGGUCCAUUUCCCUGGGACUCAAGGAUCAAGGAACUUGUGAAAUUGACGCCACCCAACACCAUUGUCAAUUUUGAGCUGUUUUGGCGCGAUCCACAGCCGUCUUGGACUUCCCCAGGCGCCCGCGUAGUUCUCAUCGGAGAUGCAGCUCAUUCUUUCUUACCAGCAUCUGGCAACGGCGCAACGCAGGCGAUUGAAGAUGCCGUCACAGUGGCUACCUGCCUUCAGCUCGCAGGUAAGGAGAAUGUACCAGAGGCAAUUCGGACGCAUGUGCGCUUCCGCUUCAUCCGUUGCUCUUGCGCGCAAAAAAUGGGUUUCCAAAACGCCGAGCGCCUGCAGCAUACCGACUGGCAAAAGGUCAAGGUUGACCCGAAAUUGGCGCAACCCAAGCUUCCAAGAUGGAUCUGGAAGCAUGACCCCGAGCAGUACGCAUAUGAGAAUUAUGCGAAGAUGGUCGACACCAUUAGAAAAGGUAUCCCAUUUGAUCAGGUCGAUACGGUGCCACCAAACUAUCCCCCUGGGUAUAAGUACAAACCCUGGAGUAUCGAGAGCAUGCAGAAGGAAGUGGAUGAGGCUACGGUUGAUAUGGGUUCUGGCGAUUGGGAUUAG